GCCGUCCCCGCCGCGGUUCCCGCCGCCGCCGCCAUGGAGGAGCAGAAAGAGAACCGCCCGCAGGCCGCCCGGGACGAGGCGGCGGCUGCCCCCGCAGCCUGCCCGCCGGGUAGGCAGCACUGUAGGAUCAAUGAUCAAGAAACUAAUGGCAAAACCUCAGCUGCCAGCUCAAGUGACUUCAGUGAUCCGAUUUACAAAGAAAUUGCUAUAACCAAUGGUUAUAUCAACAGAAUGACCAGAGAAGAGCUCAGAAGUAAACUCGCAGAGUUCAAGCUUGAAACCAGAGGAGUGAAAGACGUGCUGAAAAAGAGAUUAAAAAACUAUUACAAGAAACAGAAGCUGAUGCAGAAGGAACACAUUAGUGGAGACAGCUGCUAUGACUACAUCUGUGUUGUUGACUUUGAAGCAACAUGUGAAGAAGGAAACCCGCCUGAAUUUGUCCAUGAAAUAAUUGAAUUUCCUGUUGUCUUGGUAAACACGCGUACCCUGGAAAUAGAGGAUACCUUUCAGCAAUAUGUGAAGCCAGAGAUUAAUCCCAAGCUUUCAGACUUCUGCAUCAGUCUGACAGGAAUAACGCAGGACAUUGUUGAUAAAGCUGAUAUUUUUCCUCAAGUUCUGCAGAAUGUCGUAGAGUGGAUGAGACAACGAGAACUGGGAACAAAGUACAGCUAUUCCAUGUUGACCGAUGGAUCUUGGGAUAUGAGUAAAUUUUUGAACAUCCAGUGCCGUAUUAGCCGUAUCAAAUACCCUUCUUUUGCCAAAAAGUGGAUCAAUAUUCGCAAAUCAUACGGGAACUUCUACAAGGUUCCUCGGAACCAGACCAAGCUGACAAUCAUGCUUGAAAAUCUGGGCAUGAAUUAUGAUGGGAGACCUCACAGUGGACUUGAUGACUCUAAAAACAUUGCAAGGAUAGCUAUAAGGAUGCUGCAGGAUGGCUGUGACCUGCGGGUGAAUGAGAGAAUUCACGGUGGACAGCUGAUGACAGUCUCCUCCUCAGUCCCCUUAGAGGGAGCCCCUGCUCCACAGAUGCCCCGCUACAGAAACUAGCAGUUCAGGGUUCUGCCGCGAGAGCCGCCCUCAGAUACCCGCCAAAGACUCCAGAGCUUGUUAAAUGGCCACCUCUGCCAGCCUGUCUGCCCUGCAGAACCCUAAAGCACCUUAACUAAUCAUCUCUGUUGAAAUAAAGAGGAGCGUGGAAGCUGUUUGUUCUUUGAAGCCUAUUACAGCAA